AUGCAGUGUGUCUAUGAAGGGGAUAAGGUGAAGAUAGAGAAGAUGGUGAACCUUGUUAUGGAAAACCUCAUCAAUCUCACUGAGCCACAGGAUGGCACAGGGGUGCUUCACGUGGUAGUUUCAGCCAACAAUCAGGGUGAUGGGCCUCUUCCUUGCACUGGAGCACACCCCAAUAUCCAGGGCAAGAAGGGCCGCACCCCAAUCAUGUUAGCUGCUGAGCUGGGCAAUGAUGCCAUAAUGGGACUGUUGGCACAAUUCCAUGCUAACAUGAGGCUCCAAGAAGCUGAGGGCAAAGAGUUCCUUGCACAGAGAGGUUGUAACCCCAAACUUAAGAACCAGAAAGGUUUGCUGCCAUCUCAGAUUGCCAAAGACGCUGGUCACAAAGCCGCAGCCAAGGAGCUGAGGAAAGCUGAGAUGCAACAGGGGAAAGGCAACAAAUCCAGCAGUGUCAGCCUCAUGUUAGGUCUCUGGGUCCUGACCCUCCACGAUUGGUCUCAUGAGUAUGAGACUGAAUUACGGCAAGCUUUUGGGAACGAAUCAGACACAGUUACCACAGAUAUGUUUAUUUCGGUGUUAGAGAAACUAAAAGCUCCAGUUGAACUAGAUCAGCUCCACACAGUCAUUGCAGCACAUGACAAGGGAAAAGAGGGUUGUGUCAACAUUAAUGAUUUCAUCAAAGGUGUCAAGUACAUCAAGAAACCAUUCCUCCUCUCCUCUUAUAAGUCUAAAAAGAAAAAGGGGGAGAAGGGAGGAAAAGGAGGUAAGAAGAAGGGUAAAUUUGUUCUCCCAAUGCCCAUUUGCACCCUCCCACUGGCGCUCAUUACCUGGCAACUGGACAGAGGCCCAACUCACUUCAUGAUUGAGACUACUACAACUGCUCAGACAUUCAACUGUGAUCACCCACCAGUACAUCCCAUAACGAAUAACUCAGGAUGGUCUAUGGAAAAGCCAGAGAAGGUCUAUGUCAAUAUCAACUACUGUAUGAGAAGUGGAGAUUUGGAGUCUUUGGACCUCGCUUUCAGUCGGGUUCCCGUGGAUGUUCAAGAUCAGUUUUAUAAAACCAAGCUGAUGGUGGCUUGCUCCAGUGGCAACCAUGAUGUGGCUCAGUACCUCCUCAGCCAGGGGUGA